CUCUUCCCCCUCCCCCCUCCCCCCCCUUCCCCAUGGCGCCGACCUCCUACGAGCGCCGCCUACUAGCGGCCGCCGACGCGCAGGGCCAAGGAACCUGCCUCCCCGACCUUGGCGUCACGGCGGACCUCAAGCCGCACCAGCUCGAUGGCGUUUCCUGGCUCAUCCGCCGCUACCGCCUCGGCGUCAACGUCGUCCUCGGUGAUGAGAUGGGGCUUGGCAAGACCCUACAAGCAAUUUCUCUACUGAGCCACCUCAAAAUCCAGCGUAUUGCACCCGGACCAUUCCAUGUUUGUGCUGUGUCCUAAAUUCUGUCCUUCCUUGAGGCUCCUGCACUAUGUUGGCGAUAAGGUGCACCGUCGUGACCUUCGGAGAACCUUGUACCAUCAUGUGCACAAGGCUUCCACAUCAUCUCAUUCUAACGAAUUAUCAUUUGAUGUGCUCUUGACAACAUAUGACAUAGCCUUGAUGGAUCAAGACUUUCUUUCACAAAUUCCCUGGCACUAUGCAAUUAUUGAUGAGGCUCAACAUCUAAAAAAUCCAUCCAGUGUAAACAGUCAUUUUAUUUAGGUACUGUAUAAUGUCCUUGAGCAAUGUUUCAUCAUGCCAAGGCGUCUACUACUAACAGGCACUCCUAUCCAGAACAACCUUUCUGAACUAUGGGCUUUGAUGCACUUUUGUUUGCCUUCAAUAUUUGGAAAGCUAGAUGAGUUUCUUUUCACUUUCAAGGAAGCAGGGAACUCGUUAACAGAUGCCGAAGCUAAUAAAGCAAACAGACAAUUUGAGAUUAUUAAACACGUACUCAAAGCAUUUAUGCUACGCAGGACAAAAGCUUUACUGAUCGAGAGUGGAGUUCUGGCGCUGCCUCCACUAACCGAGCUAACUGUGAUGGUGCCACUGACAGUUACAAAAGAAGCUUUACAUGUCAGUGUUGCGGAAAGAGCUGCAAACACUUCUUUCGUUUACUGGAGGAUUGUCUCGCCACCAGUCUUUGCAGAACAUUGUUAUACAGCUGAGGAAAGCUUGCAGUCACCCAUAUCUGUUCAGUGGCAUUGAACCUGAGCCUUAUGUGGAAGGGGAGCAUUUAGUUCAGGCUAGUGGGAAGCUCAUUUUGCUGGAUCUUAUUCUGAAGAAGCUCCAUGGACAUCGUGUUUUGCUAUUUGCUCAGAUGACCCAAACACUGGACAUUCUUCAGGAUUUCCUGGAGCUGCGCAAUUACACUUAUGAGCGCCUGGAUGGUUCAGUACGUGCUGAGGAGCGGUUUGCAGCAAUAAGAAAUUUCAGCUCUCAAUCCACCAAAGGCCUUAUGGGAGAUGAUAAUCAGAUUGGAGCUUUUGUUUUCAUGAUAUCAACUAGAGCAGGGGGUGUGGGGCUUAAUCUCAUUGGUGCUGAUACUGUUAUCUUUUACGAACAAGAUUGGAAUCCUCAAGCUGACAAACAGGCCCUACAGCGCGCUCACCGUAUGGGACAGUUAAAUCAUGUGCUGUCAAUAAAUUUGGUGUCCCAGCGUACAAUUGAAGAGGUCAUAAUGCAAAGAGCCGAGAGAAAACUUAAGCUUAGCCACAAUAUUAUUGGAGACGAUGCUAGAACUGAUUUGAAGGGUGGAGAUCUGGGAAAUGAAGCUAGUGACAUGAGAUCAAUUAUCUUUGGCUUGCACCUGUUCGAUCCUGUUGAUACAACCAUAGAGACAAUCAAUGAGGACACAACUUCUGACACAAUCAAUGUGGAGAAACUGGCAAAGUUGAAAACAAUGUCUGAAAAGGUUGUAAUGAUGCGUAGCCAUGAACCUUCAGAAAAGGAUGAACAAUCAUUUGAAAUCAACCCAAAUUUUGCUGAUGGCCUUGGAACUGUAAUUAGAAGGGCUUCUGAUUCUAUUAGUGUUGAUCUUGGGCUUAAUGAAGCUGCAUACCUAUCCUGGGUUAAGAAGUUCAAAGAGGCUUCGCAUUCAAUUGAAGAUGCCACAGCUCAACAUGGAAGGCAAAGAGCAGCGCCAGAAGAAAAGUUCCUGAAACGUGAAGUUAACAAGAAAAAAGUAGAAGAAAAGAGGUUUGUCAAAUGGAAAACUUUGGGUACGCGGUGGCGGAGUUCCCCAACGACCCCGAGGAUCUUUGGAGGAUCAAGAUGCACCCCGAGCCGGGGUACAUUUCACUGGGGUUAAAGUGCCACCCCUCGAGGCCUCCGGUCCCGGAGGAACGCCAGAUCAACCGCCUGCACGCAGGGAAGUUGAAGAGGCGGAAGGUCGUGGCGGAGGCGAAGGCCGAGAGGAAAAGGAAGAGGAAAGCGAAGCACGAUAAGGCGUGCAAGAUUGCACUCUCGGAGGGGAAGCCGCGGCCUGCCACGCCCGAGUCCACGGACGAGGAGGAGGAGGCCUCGGAUGCCGAGGGCCACCUUCUGGGGGACGACGGGGCGGCGGCGGGCGCGAGCUCCCCGCCCACCUAUCAGUGGGACGCCGACGAGGGGGCGUCGGCAGCGCCGGAAGAAAUAAGGACCGCGGUGGAGUCGUCGGCGGAUCCGUCCCUCGAGGGGGCGGAGCGGGAGUCGUCCCCUCUGGCGGCAGGCGAGGAGACGCCCGCGCCCCAGGUGCUGAUUCGUGGCGAGGAGUCUGCGGCGGGCGCGGAGGCGCCCGUGCUGACAGCCUCGAGGCACCAGGCCGACCCGAGGGCGGCGCCCUCGGGACAGUCUUCGAGGGGCGGCGCGGUGCCGCGGGCCUGAAGAAGCGGUACGAGAAAGCGGAGCAUGAGCGCUCGAUCCGGCCCCGGGGCCGUUGCCAAGGAUGCGGUCCAGCUCGCCCCGACUAAGGCCCUCAAGACCGGGGCACGCAGUAUGCCGCACACGGCGCCGCAGUCCCUGCCUGCCGUGGACCUCGUGGCGGAGGCCGCGAAGCUGCGGGAGGCGAUGGCCCGAGGGGCCCAGGCGGCCCAGCAAGCUCGAGCUCAGGAGGAGGAGGGCGACGUCGGCAAGAGCGGUGCUGAAGCAGCCGCUCAGGCUGACGACGUCGAGGAGACCGGCCGGGGCAGUGCGGAUGGCGCCGCCCGGCCGGACAUCGAAGUUGAGGUCGGUCAGGGCGACGCAGCCAGCGCCGCCCGACCGGUUACAGAAGGAGAAACUGGUGGGGGCGCGCAGGAGCGCCCCUCCGACCAUGUGGAGGCGGAGACCCUCGUCCUCGAGCCCCCGAGGGCUGAGGUCGAGAGCGUCGCGGAGGAGACGGCGCUAGGGGCGCCGGGGGUGGGAGGAGCCCUCGUCUUGGAGCCCACCGAGGCCCGGGACGAGGGUAUCGUUGCGGUGGUGCCAACGGUGCAAGGGAGCAUGGUCUGCAGAACGUGCGCGGGGAGGUGCGUUUUUCGAGCGUAAAAUUGGCAACCCUCUCAGGUCCGCACGACGUCGGUGGCGUCGGUGACCGCGGUGGGCCAGUAGAAAUCUUGCCGAAACGCGUUACCCACGAGGGUACGUGGCGCGGCAUGGUGGCCGCAGACGCCAGCGUGGAUGUCGCGGAUCAGCUCAUUGCCUUCGGGGAUGGGAAUGCAUCGCUGCAGGACUCCCGAGGGACUGCGCUUGUAUAGCUCGCUGUCGAUUAGAACGAAGGACUUGGCCCGCCUGGCGAGGCGCCGCGCCUGAGCGCGGUUCGAGGGUAGGACCCCUUGAAUCAUCCACUCAAGGUACUGGGCGCGCCAAUCUUGCGAGGUGGGGGCCUCGUCGACUUCUAUUGCUUCGGCCUCGUCCGCGGAGGUGGUCCUGAAGUCAAUGUCCAUGGGUUCUGCCUCGUCCGCCGGGGGGUUCCCGUCGGAGGGCCCGGCGGACGAGGGUCCCGGCUCCGCCGGAUCCUUGAAUUCGACGGAAGACUUGGUGAUGUCGCGAGCGAAGAUGUUCGGGGGGAUGGUGGUCCGCCCGACGCAAUCUUGGCUAGUUCGUCGGCAUCCUCGUUGUACUUGCGCGGGACAUGAUUGAGUUCUAGGCCGUCGAACUUGUCUUCGAGGCGGCGCACUGCAUUGCAAUAUGCCUCCAUCUUCGGGUCGUGGCAGCUAGACUCUUUCAUUACUUGGUCGAUGACGAGUUGAGAGUCUCCGCGCACGUCGAGGCGUUUGAUGCCGAGCUCGAUGGCGAUGCGGAGGCCACUGAGGAGGGCCUCGUACUCCGCCAUAUUGUUAGACGCAGGGAAAUGCAAACAUAUCAUGUACCGCAUUAUUCUCCGAGGGGUGAGAUGAAGAGGAGGCCGGCACCAGCGCCGGUUUUCAUCACCGACCCAUCGAAGAACAUGGUCCAACAUUCGGCCUGGAUUUGUGGUGGGGGUAUCUGAGUGUCCGUCCACUCAACUACGAAGUCAGCCAAGAUUUGGGACUUGAUCGCUUUGCGGAGGGCGUAGGUGAGAGUUUCUCCCAUCAGCUCCACAGACCAUUUUGCAAUUCUACCCUCGGCUUCCCGGUUGCGGACUAUCUCUCCUAAGGGGAAAUAUGAGAUCACGGUGACGGGUGACGGGAUGAGCCUCGAAGUAGUGGCGCAGCUUGCGCCGAGCCAAAACCACUGCGUAGAGCAGCUUCUGAAUCUGUGGAUAGCGUGUCUUAGUUUCAGACAACACCUCACUGACGUAGUACACCGGCUGUUGGACGGACAGAGCAUGGCGCUCCUCUUGUAUUUCGACAACGACCACCGCGCUGACCACUUGGGUCGUCGCGGCUACGUACAGAAAGAGGGGCUCGCCGUCCGUGGGUGGUGUGAGAAUGGGGGCGUGAGUGAGCGAUGCCUUCAGCCUGUCGAGGGCUUCUUGGGCUUCGGGGGUCCACGUGAAUCGCUCGGUUUUCCUCAAGAGUCGAUACAGGGGUAAGCCUUUUUCGCCGAGACGCGAGAUGAACCGGUUGAGGGACGCUAGGCAUCCCAUGACCUCUGUACCCCCUUUAGGUCUCGGAUCGGUCCCAUCCGAGUGAUGGCCGAGACUUUGUCAGGGUUGGGUUCGAUGCCCCGCUGGGAGACAAUGAAACCCAAGAAUGCCUCAGAGGCACCCCGAACACGCACUUCUCGCGGUUGAGUUUUACCCCUUUGGCCCGUAGGCAAUCGAAUGUGAUUCUGAAAUCGGCAACCAGGUCGUCCGCCUUCCUAGAUUUUAUAACGAUAUCGUCGACAUAUGCUUCUACGUUGCGCCCGAGAUGGUCUCCGAAAACGUGGAGCAUACACCGCUGAUACGUAGCUCUGGCGUUUCUGAGGCCAAAGGGCAUCGUGACGUAGAAGUACAUGCCGAAAGGUGUGAUAAAAGAAGUCGCGAGCUGGUUGGACUCUUUCAUCUUGAUUUGAUGGUAACCGGAGUAAGCAUCAAGAAAAAUAAAAGUUCACACCCCGCAGUAUAAUCUACAAUCUGAUCAAUUCGUGGCAAAGGAAAGGGAACCUUCGGACAUGCUUUAUUUAAGCUAGUGUAAUCUACACACAUCCUCCAGUUUCCACUCUUUUUUUCACUAAUACAGGAUUAGCUAGCCACUCGGGAUGGAAUACCUCCUUGAUGAACCCGGCCGCCUGAAGUUUUUGCAACUCCUCGCCAAUCGCCCGGCGCUUGAGCUCGUCGAAGCGUCGCAGGCGUUGCUUCAUCGGCUUGGAGUUGGGUCGGAUAUCAAGGGAGUGCUCGGCGACCUCCCUCGGUAUGCCAGGCAUAUCUGAGGGGCUCCACGCAAAAAUGUCUGCGUUGGCGCGGAGAGAGUCGACGAGCACCACUUCCUAUUUGCUGUCGAGGGUGGCGCUGAUCUGUAACGCCUUGUUGUCGGGGUGGCUCGGGUCAAGGGGCACCUUCUUGAUACCCUCGGCGGGCUCGAAGCUUCCCGCGUGUCGGUGCGUGGAGUCCAAGGCCUCGCUUGCCAUUUUGUCGAGGUUGGCAGCGAGGGCCUCGUCCUCUGCUUGAGCCUCCGCGUGCUCAACGCACUCGACGUCGCACUCGUAGGCAUGCUCGAACGAAGAGCCGACGGUGAUGACGCCCUUCGGACCCGACAUCUUCAGCUUGAGGUAGGUGUAGUUGGGGAUGGCCAUGAAAUUGGCGUAGCAGGGACGCCCAAGGAUGGCAUGAUAGGAUCCCCGAAACCCCACCACCUCAAAGGUGAGUACUUCCUUGCGGAAGUUGGCUGCCGUGCCGAAGCAGACAGGCAGAUCGAUCCGGCCGAUGGGUUGGACUCGCUUCCCCGGCGCAACGCCAUGAAAUGGCGACUUGCUGGGGCGAAGCUUGUUCAAUCCAAUCCCCAUGAGCUCCAAGGUGUGGGCGUACAUGAUGUUUAGGCUGCUGCCUCCGUCCAUGAACAUCUUGGAGAAGCGGGUGUUGCCGAUGAUAGGGUCGACAACGAGUGGAUAUCGUCCCGGAUGCGGGACGUAGUCAGGGUGAUCCUCGCGGCCAAAGGAAAUGGUGUCCUUCGACCAGUCGAGGUAGGAUGGCGUGGCCUUGGUGAUGGAGAAAACUUCCCGGCGCUCACGCUUGCGCUGCCGAGAGGUCAUGUUCGUCGUUGGUCCUCCAAAGAUGAAGAAGACGUUCUCCACUGGGGGGAACUCGUCAUCUCCACCUUUGUCGCCAGCAUCCUUCUUUUUAUCCUCGUCGCGGUGCGCGACGCGGUUGUAGUACUUCUUGAGCAUCUCACACUGCUCGAGGGUGUGAUUGACCGAGCCCUUGUGGUACGGACACGGCUUCUUAAGCAUGUCAUCGAACAGGCCGCCACCGCCUCGAGGGGGGCCUCGAGGUCCUUUGCGGUCCGGGGCGGCAGCGAAGGCCUCCUCGGAGUCCUCUGCCUGCCCCGAUCCGCGCUGGUUCGGUGGGACUGGCUUCUUUCCCUUCCUCCCCCCGCUUCUGUUUCUUGGCGGGGGUGUUGGGCUUGACGUUGCUGCCCUCCGCGGGCGCAUCGUCCUUGCGCUUGCUCGGCUUAUCGUCGAAGAUGGCACCAACAGCCUCCUCGCCGGCGGCGUAGUUGGUGGCGGCAUCGAACAACUCAUUCGUGUUGGCGGGUCGGCUUCUCGCAAGCUCGUGCACCAGGUUCCUGCACGUCGUACCCUCGAGGAAGGCGUUGAUGACCUCGACGUGGGUGACGCUAGGGAGCUCGGUGCAUUGCUUGGAGAAGCGCCGCACGUAGUCGCGCAGGGACUCGUUGGGCUUCUGGCGACACCCUUUGAGGUCCCAAGAGUUCCCAGGGCGCACGUAUGUGCCCUGGAAGUUGCCCACGAAGAUCUUGACUAAGUCGGCCCAGUUGUGGAUCUGGUCCGCGGGCAAGUGCUCGAGCCACGUUCGUGUGGCAUUAGCGCGGUGAAGAGGGAGGUUGCGGAUGAUGACGGCGUCUUCCGUCGCACUGCCUAGUUGGCACGCUAGGCGGUAAUCGUUGAGCCAGACCGCAGGAUCGGUCUCGCCCGAGUACUUGACGAGGGUGGUGGGUUGUCGAAAGCGCGGGGGAAAAGAAGCAGUUCGAAUCUCCCUGCUGAACACUCGGGUGCCCGGAGGCUCCGGUGACUCACCUCUGUCGUGCUCGGGAUCGAAACGUCCACCCGGCGAGGGGUGUACUUCCUGCCGCCGACAAUGUAGCGGGCGUCGCCGUCUUCGGCGUGCCCGCGUGAGUCGUGGAGCCGAUCCCUCGCGGGAGGCCUUCCGAUGCGGUCGUGCACCGAGGGUGCCUUCGCACCGGGCAUCACGGCUGCCUUGCCCUUCGCUGCUGGUGGAGUGUGCACCGAAGCCUCGUGGUCCUGGUGCGCAGUCCCACCGGGCUGCUUCGGGGCUUUCAAGCGCAUACGAGACGCAGAGCUCUCGGCUUGCUGCACGGCAGCUUGCUCGAUGAGCGCCUGUGCCUCGCGGCGCAGGUUGCGGCCCGAAGGUGUUGAUGGCUCGGGCAUGACUUGGAGUAGGUAUGCCGCAGCGAUGAGUUUUUCACCGGCCGUUUUCAGUUCUGGAGGUUUGUCGACGUUGUCGUCGGCCAGAAUGCGCUCCCGGGCAACGCGCACCGCCGCCUGGGCAUGUGCACCACGCGCGGUGCGUUGCUGCUCGAGUGCGGUGCGCAGCUCCUGUGUCUGCCGGCGCUGCUCGUCGAGCUUAGCUUGAAGCUCUUUGAGCUGUGCCAGCUGGGCUUGCCGCGCCGCCGAGCUUGACGAAAAAGGAGCCGCAGGCGACACCACUGGUUGGUUCGCCUGUGCGUCCGCCCCGCCGUCCCCGUCGUCGCCCGGGGCGUUAUCGUUUUGCUCGUCCGCAAGGUCGGCCAUGAAACACUCCCAGGCAGGAUCAUAAUCCCCCUCGCUGGAGUCCUCAGAGCAGGUGAGGCAAUAGGCCGUCGUGAGCUGGAACGAGCGGAAUGCGUCGGGGUCGCGGACCCCGGAGUAGUCCUCGGCCUCCUCGGCCGUGAAGUUGUUCAUGAAGAAGUUGGCGUGCCGCGCGGCGCCGCUCCGCGCGUGCUUGUCGCGAACGGUGGCCCGAGCGCCUGUUGCGCUGGGCUGGUGAAGUCGGAGUGACGGGGUUGCGUCUGGGCGAGAGGAGCUGCAUGAGGUAACCGUUGCCGGUUGCUCUGAACUCGAGACUCCCGAACCAGAUCACGAAUCCUGCUGGGAGCGGAUCCGAGAUGCCCAAGGGGUAUGGGUUGGAUCUGACCGCCAUCCCUGGAGAUCAAAUGGGAACAAAAGAGAAAAUGUCACGCAGCGUGCCCCUACCUGGCGUGCCAACUGUCGGCGUCCCGAUCCGGGGGUUCGGAUCCCAACUAGUAAAUGCUGCGUGUUUUCUCGUCCCAGAUGUUGAUGCAAGAGUCAACACAGUAACGCACGGGUUUAUCCUGAUUCCGGCCACGAGGUCGUACGUCCAGCAAGAGGGUGUGCGAGGGCACUGUAUUAUCUUGCACCCGGAGUGCUUGUAGUAGGGGGUACAAGCGAUGCGAGAGAGGGAGGGAGGCUCCCAAGUCUCUACUAGAAGAGGAGUCGGUUGUGGUGAGUGCUCAGUGGUGCUGAGAAUGUAACGAUGAUCGCGAGUGUAGGUGACCGUGGUUGCUGAUGUCCAGAACGCCCCCCCUAAAGGAAGCCCGCCUCCUCCUUUUAUAGUUAUAUGGAGGGGCGGAGUACAUGAGUAGGGGAACGUGAAAGUCGUCGUCUUCCCCCGAAUUGCGGGGGUGCAAUGGUCGAACACUGUAGAAAGUACACUGUGGGGUAUGGCGUCGGGCUUGGCAGUCGUCCGUGGUUUUGCGGAGAUUGCGGCGGCGUCCUGCCAACUCAAGCAGGCGGCGUGGUCGUCACUGUAGGUUGUUCAGUCUUUCAGAUGUGGCGUUCCGUGGGGCCCUGCGUGCUCCAGCGGUGGCGGGGCACGCAGCGGUCCCGGAUCAUCCUGGAUAAAGUGCUGGGGCGCGCACCAAGGAGGUCCGAGGGUUGCGUGGAGGUCCCGGACCCCUCGAGGGGGGAGGUCCGGGACUCCGGCUGCGUGUGCUGUGUAUCCUUCUCGGAGGGGCACGUGGCGUCGCCGGACCCUUUCCCAAGCAGGAGGGUGGUCCGGGGCCAUAUGUGUGAUGAGGUGGAGUCCGGUCGGCCGGAGUUGGCGGAAUAGUACGAGAACAGUGCUGAGCGCGUCUCGUCCCGCGUCGCAGUUCUCACAGUGCUGCCACAGUGUCCGGGAUGGCGGAGCAGUGACCGGAGUUGGCGGAUGGGACUCCGGUCACUGCCACUGUGGGGAAUGGCGGUCUGACGCCGUCUGUCCUGAGCACUGUGGAGGAGUGGUUGGCAUUCAAUGCCUCCGUACGACGGACGGUUGAGCGGCAGAGCCGUUUGUCCCUUGCGCCGAGGGGUGGCCUCGAGCGAGGCGGAGUUGAGCUACCUGCUCGAGGGGGUUCGCUGCCCUCGAGCGAGGCGGAGAUGAUUUGUCCGCUCGAGGGUAGAUUCGCUACCCUCGAGCGAGGCGGAGAUGCGGGGCGCAGUCGAGGGUCUCGAUGGGAGCCCUCGAGCGAGGCAGAGAUUGUUCCGCGGGCCUGAGAGGGGUGCGAAUGGGCCGUAUGUUGGGCUUCUUUGAGUCAUUUACUUUCUUCCAGAUUGGAAGGAGGCUGUGGGCUUUCGUGGGCCCAGUUGCCUUAACACGUGUUUGUGUUUUUCAGAGUGAUUUUAGUAUCACGAUUAGGGUGUCCCUAAUCGUGGUACCCGACACUUGUCAACCUAGCACACAAAGUUAUCUGCAUUUCCUCAAAGGGUUCUUUAAAUGAACAAGCACAAAAGAUGUAAUCAGAUAUCUUGUUCAGAAACUCCUAAGAACCAUCACAUACAAGCAAAUACAAAAGGAUAUCUAUAAGAAACAAUAGGAUUACAUAUCACUAUGAGGAUAAUAUAAUAUUCAUAUUCUAGGAGAAUAACAUGAACUUGUAAGUUAAUGGCUCAAUAAGAGCAAUCCUAAUGAAAGGAACUUCAUCAUAAUGUGUUUUGGAACCAAAAGACAAGAAAAUUAGAAAAAUAAUUAGGUACUGACAGAUACAACAGUUGCUGAUACUCCUCAUGUUCCUAAUUAGUUACCAACCCCAUUCCUAGUCCAAGGUGGGAUUUGGGUUCUGUAAUUGGACUAUUCCUUUCUUCUUAAUACAAAGAUACGCAGCUCUCCUGCGUGUUCUAGAAAAAAAAAUGAACAUGAAUGCAAAAAUUAAAUCCAGUCAGAUUCAGGAAUCAAAAAGAUGAACCAUCAGCACAGCCACAGUAAAAAGCAAACAAGACAAUAAAAUUCAAACUUGAAGGCAUCUUUGCCAUGGCACGGAUAGUGACUCGUCACUACCACAAUACCAAGUCAAUGCCCACGCCCAGGACCAAAUCUUUUUGGUCGUCCUCCGCUUGUGGCUGCAGGCCUGCAGAUCUUCCUCCUCAAUACCUACAAGAGCUGGUGUGAGGUGAGGAGAAACCCUAGCAGGCAAGGUGAUUCUGGCGGAAGCAAAGGUGCUUUAGUCCCCAAGCAGAGGCGGAUGUCUUGGCUCGCGAAGGAGGCGCAGCAGAUGUGACGACGCAGGGCGGCAGGGGGCGGGGGGGGGGGGGGGGGGUGGAUCCACGACAGCGGCAGGGAUCUCAUUCGUGGCGGACUUGGGGGAGGAGAUGCGGGCGGAGGUGGACUAACCUGCGAAGGCGCGGGUGCUGGCAUCAUGGUGGCGGUCUCGUACGGAGAAAUGGUAGCGGAGAGGGAGGUCGCAUGGGAGGAGGCGGUGGCGGUCUCGCCCAUGCGUCGCGACUCGCGAGCCAAGAUAUCGCGGCGUCGGGACUCGAGAGCCGAGGGACGGGGAAGCGCUCCCGGCCUCAUGCCUCGCGGAUUUCUUCCCCGUGGAAAACGCAGGGAUGCGGGCUGCAAUUCCACGUCUCGCAGGCUACCAAAUGUCGCAAUAAAUUUGCCCGGGGGAGCUUGUCCCGCGGAUUUCUCUCCCGGGGAAAUCACGGGGAACCCGGCGGGAUUUGGGGCUUCCAAACUAGCCCUAAAGGGGAUGGAAACUGUGCAUGAUUUGUCCAGCCCUACAUCAGGCUUAGUAUAGUGUGGAUUUUGGCUGCAGGGUGUUACUGUUACUCCCUAUCCAUUCAUAUGCAAUAGAAACUUUUUGCAUGUCGGCGUGUAGUGUCAAAAGGCCCAUCAAACGCUAUGGCUGGCUGCAUCAAAUUCUCCAACUUAUGUUUACUAAAUCUACAAAAUGUCGCCCUCAAUUAUUUUGUAGAUUUAUUUUUCAGAAUGAUCUGCCCUAUAUGUCUUCAUUUCAUUUGUAUCCCUACUGCAGAAGCCAACUGCACCCAGAGUUUGGAUGCACCUUUAUGGGUGGCACUAGCUAUCGUUCAGUCUUACAAUCCGAGACGUAAAGUUCCAAGAAGUGAAAUCUCCAUGCCGGAUUUGGAGCUCUGUUUAUCAAAAGCAGCCUUCUCAGCUGCUCAGCAUUCUGCAAUUAUCCACAUGCCCCGAAUUGGUUACCAAGGUGGCUCCCAACGAUCAGAAUGGUAUACCAUAGAACGCCUGCUCAGGAAAUACUCAUCUCUCCAUGGAAUCGACAUUUUCGUGUACUACUUUCAGCGUUCAUCCAGGCAACAGACAGAUUCUAUCUAGCUCAGCUGACGCUUCUGCUGGAAGAAACCCAAGCUAGGUGUAGGGAGACUAGGGAUGUUUCUGUAACCCACUAGAAGAAUCAGGGAAUAUUAGCUAGCCGCAAAUCUUAUCUUUGCCCCUUUUCAAUAGUUUAGUAACUUAUGAAUAGAUAAGCCAAAUGAAUUAUGCUUUAGGGUGUUUGCCUCCUUUAGCUAAGACCUAUUAUAUAAGGAAAACAGUUUGCAUGCUCUGCCCCCUUUGUUUCUUUGGCAUUUUUAUUCCUUGUGAAAUAUUACCGGAUUAGAUGUGGAGUCAAGCUGCAACAUGUGAGUUUGUUUCUUUAUUAAUUGAUGAAGAAUUUGAAAAGGUGAUCUCUGUGAA